AUGCCCAGGUGCAUCGAAUGCAACUCUUUUGUUCAACGAAUUGUUGAGCCGGAGACGGAGAUGGUUGAUAAGUGUGUAAUGUGCGGGAAAUGCUGCGACAAGUACUAUGAAUUUGCUGAUGUUCAAAAGUGGCUUGAUGUUGUUCUGUUGGAGAGGCGUGCCUGGAUUCAUGUGCUGUAUAAUCAGCGAGAUAUUUUUUUGUCGUUAUUCCUUGCGGCAGUUGUUUGUUGCAUGAUAGAGGCCUAUGUCGUGCGAAUCACGUCUGUUUAUGCCGACUUGAGAAAGAACAAGUUUCUUUUUUCAGCGACGGAGGAGAGAAAUUUGAGUAGAGAGGAUAGUCUGCAGCUUGUGAUAAACCUUCGUUCAGACAUAUUGCCGCUCAUGAUGUACCCCGACACGUGGCCCACGCUAUUCCUACAUGCGUGUAUGGAGUACUUCCUCUGCUUGGUUGCAGCUGUUUGGAUUGGUGUUCAGUCACAGCAUGGCGUUGCCUCCGGCCAGGAGGAUGCGAUGGCUACGUGGGCAACUUCUGUGAGUCUCACCUACACGGCGAAGCUUGGAUAUGUCGUGUUUUUGGUAUGGCGCAUUCCAAUUCCUUUAGUUGUUGUUGUGGAUUUCGUCUUUCUUCUCUGGAUGGUGCGGGGAUUCAGCAUCACGGCCAGCAACCACCCCAGCCGGCUGCUGGGCAUUGUUGCGGUUGCUGUACCUCUGCUUGCGCGAGUCCUUUUUCGUUACUUUACCGGGUGGGGCCCACAACUUAUAUUUUGA